CAUCACGGAGGCUGAGAUAAUCUGACAGUUUUCAGCUUCAGGAUUACAUUUCAGGGAUUCUUUAUUUUGUCGUGUCACCUGGAGCCACCUCAGCGAUCAUGAAUCCUGAAUAUGACUACCUGUUCAAACUUCUUCUGAUUGGUGACUCUGGAGUCGGAAAGUCAUGUCUGCUGCUGCGCUUUGCGGAUGACACCUACACUGAGAGCUACAUCUCCACCAUCGGAGUCGACUUCAAGAUCAGGACCAUCGACAUGGACGGGAAGACGGUGAAACUACAGAUUUGGGACACAGCAGGUCAGGAGAGGUUUCGAACCAUCACCUCCAGCUACUACAGAGGGGCCCACGGCAUCAUCAUCGUCUACGACGUCACCGAGCAGGAGUCCUUUAACAAUGUGAGGCAGUGGCUGGACGAGAUAGAUCGCUACGCCUGUGAAAACGUCUCCAGGCUGCUGGUGGGGAACAAGUGUGACCUCGUUAGUAAGAAAGUGGUGGACGCCGGCACCGCUCAGGACCUGGCCUCGUCUCUUAAGAUCCCCUUCCUGGAGACGAGUGCUAAGAGCGCUGAUAACGUGGAGAGGGCUUUCCUCACCAUGGCCUCUGAGAUCCACAAGCGCGUGGCCAGCGAGGGAGGGGGGGUACAGGCCGAGUCGAAGGAGGCCAGGGCCCAGAGUGCCAAGAUCAGCAGCACCCCCCUGUGGCUGGGAGGGGAGAAACAGACGCAGGAGGCCGGUAACUGCUGCUGAGCUGGGAGAGACGACAACACUGUUUAAACAGAGAGACAUGUAGAGAUCACAUCCACCUGUCUAGUUUCAGGACUGUGUGAUUGUGCGUUUGGACACACAUGUAUUGUCAGAUUUUGGACAUCUUUGCUAUUGAACUAAAAACAUAUAUAAAAAUUAGGGCUGCACAAUAUAUCGUCUUUAUCAACUGGUGCAGUGAACACAUUGCGAAAUAUGAAAUAAACUCAGAGUUUGUUUGUGUUAGUUGAAAGAAAAUCUCAGUAGAAAACGGCGUCUUUAAAAUGUAACUGUCAUUCCGAUAUUCAACAACGUUAUGGCGUGGCGCAUAUUUUCCGCAUUUUGUGCAGCCCUAAUAGCUAAAAUGACUUUUCAGGGAGAAAAACCGUGUUUGGAGCAUGAUUACAGUAUAUUUUGGAGCUUGGUAUUUUUAAAUUAAAUAUAUAAUUUCCGCUUCAUUAGGGAUCCAAGACAAACAGGACAGAUGACAGAACGAUUUGAAACUCAGCCAAAUGAACAACUACAGGAUGAGAUUUUAUAAAUACAUAGAGGAACAUUUCCUGUAUUACUUCUGUCACUCAAGAUUAAAUGGGGAAAAAGCAGAAUGUGCAGUUGCAAACCUGUUACAUGAAAAUAGCAAUAUCUAAAUAAUAGUUCAUACUCACACAGAAAGGGAAGUUUCACUCCACAACUUGAUAUUAUUAUAUGCAGUAUGUGCUGCUGUUAUGGAUGACUUUACUUUGUGAUUUAGACUGUCAGUUACAAUCAGAGGGGAUUUAUUGUAUUUACCAGUUGUUGCUGUUGU